AAAACACAAAAACAAUACCACUUGAGAAACAGAGGAGCCACCAUAUAUAGGAUCAAUAAUUUAAUUCUCUGUCUUCAGUUCUGAGAAAGGAUGAUGUUACCAGAAGCAUGCGUGGCCAAUAUCCUCUCCUUCACAACUCCGGCCGACACAUUCUCUUCGGCGGCUGUCUCAUCAGUUUUCCGGCUUGCCGGAGACUCUGAUUUCGUCUGGGAGAAGUUUCUACCCUCUGAUUACAGCCGCCUUAUCUCUGUAUCGCCUGAUCACAACCAUCAUCGGAGUUUCUCCUCCAAAAAGGAGCUCUACAGAUAUCUCUGUGAUUCAAUUCUCAUCGAUAAUGGCAGAAAGAUUUUCAAGAUCGAUAAGCUAUCCGGGAAAAUAUCGUAUAUUUUAUCGGCAAGAGAUCUUUCCAUAACUUGGAGCGAGCAACGACAUUACUGGUCUUGGAGCCGUCGUUCAGAUUCAAGAUUUUCGGAAGGGAUCGAGCUUAUAAUGACGGACUGGUUAGAAAUAAACGGAAAGAUCCAAACCGGAGCUUUAUCGCCGUACACAAAUUACGGAGCUUAUCUGAUUAUGAAAGUGACGGCACGAGCAUAUGGACUAGACCUGGUUCCAGCCGAGACUUGGAUAAAAGUGGGAAACGGUGAAAAGAAAAUAAAGACUAGUACUUAUCUAAGUUGCUUGGAUAACAAGAAACAACAAAUGGAACGGCUGUUUUACGGACAGAGAGAACAGAGGAUGGCAAACAAGGACAAGGUUGUCGGAAGCCGUCGAAGGGAUCCUAAGAUGCGAGACGACGGGUGGAUGGAGAUAGAGCUCGGAGAUUUCGAGACAGGAUCAGAAGGUGACGAGGAGGUUGCGAUGAGUUUAACCGAAGUUAAAGGCUAUCAAUUGAAGGGUGGGAUUGCAAUUGAUGGGAUUGAAGUAAGGCCUAAACCACACCAAAAAGCGACAUUGGGUUAAGCUGAUCUUUGUAUUUAGUUUGGGUCAAAAGUGAGAAAUGGGAAAAAAUAUGGGUGCCUUAACUAGUUUAAUAACACUACUAUGAAUGUAUACCAAGACUCGGUGACAAAAUUAUUUUGGGUAAAGCUGAUAAGUGAUAACUGUGUUUGGUUUGAGUUUUUUUUUUUUUUUUUAAAUGUGUGAUGGAGAAAACUUAACUUAUGUGCUAGAGGAUGGUUCGGUGGUAACUGAAUGAAUGAUAUCAAUAUUAUACACCUAA